GCAGUACGAGGAGGCUGCUCCUACGAACGCUGUCAUGGAGGAUGAGCUGCAGCUUUCAGGUCUCCCGCAACGUCGACGGGGCCGGUGCUGUCUCCUGCGUCGCCGCCGCGGGAUGAGGAGGCUGCUCCUUGUAUCGCUGUUAUGGAGGAUGAGCUGCAGCGUUCUAGGUCUCCCGCUGCUACGCCGGAGCCGUCUACACCACCUUUAUGGCCCUCUGGGAUGCGGGUUGCUUCGGAGUUUACUACUUCACCGCCUAGACGUAGCGGCCGCCAUGUUGUUGGGGCUGAUGGGGCCUCUGCCACUGAUGAGGAUUCCAUGCAGAGGGCCAUGCGUAGAACGGCAUCGCGGAACCUCGACUUUGAUGGUAAUUCAUAUAUGCUUGCGAUGGCUCCGUAUGUGGUCUAUCCUGCAGAGGCCGGAGGACAGAGACCUUUUUAUGAUGGCUUCUACCCGGUUGGAGUGCUCGGCCAGGGACAUUUUUUACCCCCAUGGAUGGCGGUGUGACCUUCGGAUUGGACCGGCAUCACCUUAGGCCUCUUUUAUCUUUUUUCGCUACUGCUGGCGUUUUUUGCCUUUUUUUUUUUGACUUCUAGUACUUUGAAACUUUGGCUGUGUGCAUCUAGCUAUGCAGAGGCCGGGUGAUCUUUGAUGCGGUUGUAUCAACUCGAUAUUUCAAUUCAAUGAAAAG